ACCGCGGUGCAUGCUGGGAGACAUCGAGCUCUGUGACCGCGGUGCAUGCUGGGACAUCGAGCUCUGUGACCGCGGUGCAUGCUGGGAGACACCGAGCAGCAGCAGCAGCAGCAGCCGGCUGACUCAACCUUCAGUCCGGCUCCUCUCUCCCCGCUCCCCCCUCUCUACAGCCCGGCUCCACCUGACACCCGGCCCGCUGCGUUUCACCCAGACAUGGACGUCAGCGGACGGCACCCUGAGGUGUAGCCAGGAGGAUUCGCCGAUAGCCAGAGAGUCAUGGAGCCCGACGUGAUCCGCAUGUACUCGUCCUCUCCGCCCCCGAUGGAGGACGAGGAGGAGGACAACGAGUUUGGAGACUUCGGCACCUUCUCCGGCGUCCCGACUAGCGUCAGCUUCACCGAGUUCGACACGCCGACCACUUUCAACCAGACCCAGGCCCUGAACGCCACCUCCCCGCCCGAGAUCCUCCACGGCAAAGGGGGCACGGGGAUCAGCCACGCCUCCUCUAACGGCACCCGCGUACCCAACACCGAUCUGUCCAAGGCUAACGGCGUUGUGCCGGCGAGCCACCUGGGCAGCGUCCCCUCAGAAAGAACUGAGAUCAAAAAGGUCGUCUCCGGCUCUCUGGGUCUCUCGGGGAGCGUCACGGCCGAUUGCAACGGCGGAGGCACGGAGGUGCUCACUAACGGGUUUGCAACCUUUGACCUUCAGGGAAGCCCCUCCUCGUUGAAUUCUGUCCACUCUCAUAUAAAAGGAACGUCCAGCGAGGACACGGGCGGCGGCCCCGAGGACGAUUUCGCAGACUUUGCAGCUUUUUCCAAUGCUGAAGGACGACUCAGCGAGACGGCAAACGAGGACUCAGACGUUCCCACGGGGGACAGCUGGCUGGCGGAGGACGCCGGCCAGGACGAGAGCUGUAAUGUAGAGCAGGAAACGACCUCAGAGGACAAAGUCAGGGACACACACAGAACUGGACCAGACGCAUCCGGCUCUGAUUCCAUAUCUGAUCCCGCUGAGGCCCCCGGCGGCUCGUGCAACACGGACCGGGGCUCAGACACAGAUGCUGACACUCAUCAAAGGGACGUAGCUGUUGAACAGGAGCACUUGGCCUCGGAGGCAGUUUGCACUAUCAGACCGCUCACCCUGAACGGGGUGGACUCGGCACACGGAGACGACUCCAAAGACGCCGCCGGCUGCAGCGAAAACGACCUCUCGCCUCUCGAUGCAGCCGCAGACGUUGAGGGGCGGGACGGGAGGGGCUCCGAUAACGAGACGGAGACAGAAACCGAGACCGAGACGUCGUUGGGCCGGCCGCUGUCGACGGACGCCCUGGAGGAGUUUGGCGACGUGAGCACCACGGGGUCGGUGCCCUCGCCGCCCCUCCAGGGGGAGAUCGCCACGCCGGCCGACCACAGCCAGCUGGCGGAGGACGACGAGGACUUUGGGGACUUCGGAGACGCCGGCUCAUUCGGGGGUCAGGGUUUCGCCGACUUUGACCAGCUGGAUGUCCAGCAGGAGCCGAGCAGGUCGGACAGCCCCCCGCCGCUGCAAGACGCCAAGGACGCAGACGACAAGGACGAAGACGACUUCGGCGACUUCAACUCCCCCAAAUUUCACGCCAGUGUAAACGAGGGGGAGGAUGGAGGACAGUUUGCAGAUUUCCCCGUCAGCGACAGCUUUGGGAAUUUUAACUCGGUGGCUGAAGGCGGAGACGUUGAGGCGGAUGCAGGGUGGAGUGCCUUCGGGGAGCAGCAGCAGCAGGUGGAGGAGGUGGAGGAGGAGUCCUGGGCGGCGUUCAGUACGGACCAGAGCGCUCCUUCAGAGAGCAGAGCGGAGGAGAAGGAGGUGGAGGAGGAGUGGCAUGAGAGUGAACUUCCCGCAGUCAGCGAGGAAACCAGCAGGACAGACAGACAGUCGGCGUCGCUGUCGAGCCGCCUGGAGAAGCUGUUUCAGAGCAGCUUCCCUCCGACCUCCGUCCCCUCUGUGGAGGACGAGGUGGUGUCUCUGAGGAUCCAGCUGGGACACUCGGAGGAGGAGGACAAACCUCAGCGGGGGGCCGAGGAGGAGAAGAAGAAGCCGCUGCCAUGCAACAGGUCGGUGCGUGGCGGCGUGUGGAUCCAGCUCGAGGACAUCCACGAGGCGUUGGGCCUCAGAUACCAGUGGGGGGGCUCCUACUGCAACAAAGCGCUGCUCUGCUGCCUCGGCAUCGACACCCGGAACAUCCUGUUCACGGGACAGAAGAAGCAGCCGGUCAUCGUGCCGAUGUACGCCGCCAGCCUGGGGAUGCUGGAACCAACCAAAGAGCCCGUGAAGCCCGUCUCUGCAGCAGAGAUGAUCGCCUCCAUAGCCCAGACGCCUCCAGCGGCUCCAGAGACCAGCUCCUGUCCCUCUGACACGGCCCAUCAGGAGGCGCUCCCACCCGUCCAGUUCGACUGGAGCAGCAGUGGCCUUACCAACCCUCUGGAUGGAGUCGACCCGGAGCUCUACGAGCUGACGACGUCCAAGCUGGACUCCGGCGCCUCCGGCAGUCGUGUGGCGGACGCCUUCGCCCGCCUGAUGUCCACCAUGGAGAAGACCAGCACGUCCACCAGGAAGCCGAGGAAGGAGGAGAACCUGAGCGACGAGGCGGCCAAAGUCAUCUCCAGUCUGCCGGAUCUCUCCUUCAUGCAGGCCAAGGUUCUGAUGUUUCCCGCCAUGCUGACGCCGCUCAGCUGCCAGGCAACGCCGGACUAAAACCCCGCCCCAUUUCCACUGACAUCAUCCCCUAAACCCCGCCCACUCUGCCCACUGGCUCCUCCCACCGACUCGGGUCCAUCUUAAGAGGUUUUUCGUCACCUUCUUUCUUUUUUUCUCUUCUUUCUGCGGCUUCGUUCCUCCCUUUCAUACUUUUUUUUUUUAUUAGCGCUUCUGUUUUUCAACUUAAUACAUUUGUUUUAAUAAAGCAAAGCAUUUAUGAUCACAGGAAACAGCUCGGACGUGAAGGAUGGGGAGGGGGGGGCUCAGCCGAUGACCUGCACAUUUAACGUAAUAGGAGAUUAAUUAAUUUAUAGAGUUGAUAAUUUAUAGUGGAAGGUGUAGAAGUGUGUGCUGUUCAUAUCUAGAAGAAUCAUCGUGUAUAUAAUCAGGGAUUAAAUGUUUAUAUUCCUUCUUUUUUUUUUUUUUUUUUUUGGUUCUGUUUUUAACUCUGAAUGAUUCUUUGGAUGAUUUUACGUCUCUGUGGUGGGAGUGUGUUCGUGUCUGUCUGUGAAGGAAACACUGGCUGAAGCUCUUUGAAAUCAAAAUGAAGUGGAAUAUAUGUGUAAGCUUAAAUUAAUACAUUUAUAUACAUCUAUAAAAUCUCUAUAUAAAUAUAUAUUUAUCGACUUGAAACCACACUGCCUGCAAAAAUCCAGCUGAAUGUUUUGUCCCCUCGUUGUGUUUAAAGGCCUUAGUUGUAGUUUUUUUUACCUGCAGUCCGUGUAGAUUUUAAACUUUUCUUUUCUGUCUUUUUCUUUUUGUAAUUUAAUGCAUCUUUUUUAACAUAAAUUAAGCCCCUCCCACUGUCUCUAGAAAGCAGGAUGUUUUUAUUUUCAUGCUUUAGUUUUGGAAACUUCCACCGACCAAACGAACGGCGGUGAACCUGUCCUCAGUUGUCGUACGUUUUUCUUAUUUUUAUUCCACGUUCAACUAUUUUUAUGUUGCAGCUGUUUGUGGCCGGUG